UGUUGUCAUGACGAUUGCUACGACUCUUCGGUUCGUCUUUCGUCUCGCAGACAAUGGAAGAAUACAUCAACCCUUUGAUACUUAGUAAUGAUAACAAGGUGUCACGGUGAACACGAUGUUCUAAAAAGUUUUUUUUUUAUUUAAAUUAAUUUGCUUAUCCUUAACUUUUAAUGGUCAACGAAACUUUUCAGUGAAGGGAAACUGUGUGAGUGAGUUCACAGUUGAGAUAUUUAAUAAAACACUUCAACUCAAGGAUUGCACCUUUUGGUAAGUUUUUUUGAUUUUAGUUUUACAGGUCAGCUGGACAAAAAAGCGGAGAAAUGGCAGCAGCUUGCAACCCAGAAGAAUGCACAGUACCUACUGUGGAACUGGAAAGUGUCACGCAGUCUCCAGAGAGCACCAACUGCAUAGCCUGCACAGAGGACGGCAGGUACCUCUCUCUGGGUCACUGCAGGGGUUUGUCUGUGUGGUGUGCAUCAUCUUUUGUCCGAGUUGCCGAAUGGCUGCAAGAUCAGCUUGAAAUAACCUUCCUGCAGAUGACCAGAAUGGCUAAGAUGACCUAUCUGCUUGGUUCUGUUGAUGAUAUGGGUGUUGCUAGACUCUUCAUAUUUCACUGUGAUGACAUUCAUCUUCUAAGUGUCAUAAAUGCCAUGGAGGAUAUUAACCAUAGAAGUAUUUGUUCAACAUUUGCUCUAUAUGGAAGUGGCCAUUUUGGAGCAGCAUCAAUCAGCUGUAAUGGUGCCUCUUGGCUCGAGGUCUAUCAGUUACCUGUAGCAGUGUGGCUGGCAGAAUUAGAGACUGUGUCGGCACGAGAACAGGAUCCAAAUGUAACUGAAAGUGUUGAUGUGAAAUGGUCUUCAGUUGAGGUGCUGAUUAAAAUCACUCCACCCCAUCUUCCAGCCGGAAAUUCACAAGGUGGCGCUCUUGGAGCAGAUCUUUUAAAACACUGUUUGGUUGUGGAUGAAAUACGAAGCAGCAGCUGUCUUGAUGCAGAUGCAGGAACAACAGACACUUCUAGAAGUCCAAGGUUGAAUGAUAUCUCUUUCAGGUGGUGUACUCAUCACUUCCUCCUCAGUUGUGAUCCAUUUUCUGGCCAACCUUUGCAGUCAGAGCUGCCUGUUGCUGUUGCUGUGUGGUGGAGUGGCAGCCAUAAUCUCCUUCAGUAUUCACUUCAAAAGGUUUCAAUUAAAAAAGCAGCAGAGGCAGCUCCCACGCCGGAUUCUUUGUGGCCAAACGCAAACAGAAUCAUCUGCUCGGCUGUGAGCAGACGCACAAGAUACAUCGCUCUGGGGCUGGAUGAUGCUUUGGUGUGUGUCUGGGACAGGAGGACCGGUGCACCACUCUCCAUCAUCUCUCUGCCAAAAUACAGCUCCCUCCUCAGGAUGGAGUAUUUAGAUUGUUGGCCUGAGCUGCUUCAUCCCUCUCAGACUCCAGCUGCAGAAGUGGUCCAUCUUUUGGUGAUGAGUAAAGGUGGAGAACUCUACAUGAUCAGAGCAGAACGAGGAACCCAUACCUGCACCACACAACUGAGUGAAAGACCAAAUGAUAGCAGAGAUCUACCAUCAGUUACCAUCUCAAUGCCGUUCCUGCCAGGCAUAUUGCUCAUAAUACAAAGAAAUGGAAAAAUGUUCCUUCAAGAUGUCAUCAACAAAACCGCGGUGUGCUUCUUGACUCCUCCCACUCCUUAUCAGUUUUCUUCUGCCUGCAAUCCUGUGUUUGUUCUGGAUCCCCAACUCCAAGCUUUGUUCAUACGAGGUGACCUGGAAAACAACGGCAGCCAUUCUUUGAAAGAGGCUAUCCAGAGCCGCCUCUUUGUUUUCCGUUUUGGACAGUGCUGCAUCAUUGAGCAGCGAAUAGUUUCACAUCCAGCCUCUUCACAAAGACAGAACGCAGAGAGCCAUGGAACUCCAGAGGAAGCAUGCAGUCUCUACCUGCAGCAAAGACUGCUGUCUCUGGAUGAAAGGAAUAAGGCUUUGGAACAGACAUUUGAGAGGCUGCACAAAACCGCACAGAUGAUUGAACAAAGACAGCAGAACUACAACAAGCUGAGGAAGAAAAAAUGACAGUUCUCCCGUGUUUUGCAGCACUUAUUUGCCCAUUUUCAUCAUCAAAAGCUUAAUUUGUUGCUGAGGUUUCUUACCGUAUAUCUUGAAUUUCUUUAAAAUCCUUUCCUCUUAUUUUUUAAGGCACAACCCUGUUUUUCCAUUGUGGUUGACCAGCUGUUUGAGCAAAAAGAGCAGAAUACACAGAGCUCUUCACACUUUGCAUGGUUUUGCAGCGUGAGCACUAUGCAAAUGAUUUUGCUGCAGUAUAGAUUUGUCAGGAAGGACACGUACCUCAGCAGACCUGUAAUAAAAGGCAAGAAAGCACUUUGAGGGAUGGAAAAAACCUAAUAUGUGAAUACACCUACUUUUUUAAUACUACGUUUAUCUUCUUUGCUAUAAAGGGUUGAAAGUGUGUGUGUGUGUGUGUGUGUGUGUGUGUGUGUGUGUGUGUGUGUGGAAGUUUUGAUGGAUAGGCAUAGCAAAAAGUUUUCAUGUCUGUAUGUUGAAUCAUUUGGGUGUUCUGAGGAAAUAGCUGACCCAUCUCCUUUUUUCCCUUGUAUUUAAUUAAUGUUCUUGCAGCAAAACUUGACAUGAAAGUUGUACCUGUAAAUAAUUGCAUCUAUUACUUUAAACAAAUUACUUUUUCUUUUUAUAAUUUAAUUAAAUAGAUGAGAAGCUGGCUAAAA